UACGUUACACGUUAAUGUUUAAUGCUUCAUCUUCCCUAAAACCCUUCUCUCUAUAACUCUCUUCUGCUAAAAAGCUCUGUUCUUUUACAUCUUUCUCUGAUAUUUUUAUUCUUCUGUCAGUAUCUGAACAUUAAUUUUCUUUACUUUUAUUAGAUUUAAUAGUAUUUUUAUAUCAAAAUUUCUCACUCAUCUGACUUCUCUUACAAUUUGAACAUUUCUUAAGAUUCUUGUGUCAAAUACCCUAUUCUUCAUCUUCAAGUAAUACCCCAUAAAGCCAUUCUUGGAUCAGUACAAAUUACAUAAUCAUCUAUCUCUGUAACACCGACUGACCCUUUUGAUGGAUACUUCUGAGAAUGCAAAUGGUUCUCUUUCAUCUCCUACAAGUUCCAAUUUGACGGCUUUUGGAGUACAAUUCACACCGCUUCGGUUCUUCCAAUCCCCUGUUUCCACUUUGCUUGAGUAUUCCGGACUCUUUACGGUUCGACCCGAUAACCCAGAAACGGACCCUCUUGUAGUUGAUGAUACUGUUACUAACGAGGCUGAAUCCAGUAGCAAUGUUGGUGGAGGUAAUAGUAGCAGUGGGGAGGUUUCAAUUAGGAUAAUUGGUGCUGGGGAGAAUCAAGGGAUAGGGGGUGAGGAUGAAGAUGAUGGGUCGGUGAUGGAUGGUGAGGAAGGGGGUGCUGUUGAGGAAAGGGGUUCUGGUGUGGACGCGUCGUCUAUGGUGGCUGAUGAUGAUGCUGGUAAUGCUAGUAGGGAUUCGUCGUACCAAAGAUUUGAUAUACAGCAAGUUGCUAGGUGGAUUGAGCAGAUUCUUCCAUUUUCCCUUCUUCUCUUGUUUGUUUUCAUACGCCAGCAUUUGCAAGGUUUCUUUGUCACAAUUUGGAUAACUGCUGUCAUGUUCAAGUCAAAUGACAUUCUUCGGAAGCAGACAGCUUUAAAGGGAGAGAGAAAAAUAGAUGUCCUUGUUGGUUAUUUUGUGGUUUUUGUGAUACAUGUUAUUGGAAUCUACUGGUGGUAUCACAAUGAUGACCUUUUCUAUCCAUUACUAAUGGUUCCUCCGAAGGUUAUCCCACCUUUCUGGCAUGCUAUUUUCAUCAUCCUGGUAAAUGAUACCAUGGUGCGGCAGGCAGCAAUGGCUUUGAAGUUGGUGCUGCUUAUGUAUUACAAGAAUGGCAGGGGCCACAACUUUCGUAGACAGGGUCAAAUCCUGACUCUGGUGGAGUACAUGCUGUUGUUAUACCGUGCUUUGUUACCAACUCCUGUGUGGUAUAGAUUCUUUCUCAAUAAAGAAUACGGAAGCCUUUUCUCAUCACUGACAACGGGAUUGUACUUAACGUUUAAGCUUACCUCAAUUGUUGAGAAGGUAAAAUCAUUCUAUACUGCUUUGAAGGCAUUGUCAAAAAAGGAAGUCCAUUAUGGGUCUCAUGCCACACCUGAGCAGGUGAAUGCGGCUGGUGAUUUGUGCGCUAUUUGCCAGGAGAAGAUGCAUGCACCAAUUUUGUUACGUUGCAAACACCUCUUCUGUGAAGACUGUGUCUCAGAAUGGUUCGAAAGAGAAAGAACAUGCCCUCUGUGCAGAGCGUUGGUCAGACCUGCUGAUCUAAGAUCGUUUGGUGAUGGAUCCACUAGCCUUUUCUUCCAGUUAUUCUAGACUACAUAUUAAUUAUCCUACGCCAAAGUAAAUAUCUGUCCACAUCUUUGUCCACCUGAUAUUACUGGAUUCUGGGGGUUGCCCCGUUAAGGUUUCUGCUGGAAUGCAGCAUUAAAGUAAAAACAGGCCAUGCUCUUCAUUCGUGCAGAUUCUUUGAGGAAGAUAUACACAUCUACUCCCAUAUCGUACAUAAUUUUUUCCCCCCUACUGUGAAGAGAUGAGAUAUGUCCAUGUAAUACUUUCCAAAAAGAAAAAAAAAAAUAGAAAGAAAGCAAUUGUAUGUAGUAUCACACUUUCUUAACCUUAGAGCUUGAAUUUUUGUUUCAGUCUCUUGUUUUUUUUUUCAAAUGCCAAAAGGCAUUAUGCCUUGAAUUAUAUAACACAUAAAGUUGGUUCUAUAUUGCACUAAGCAGUCUGGGGAUGGAGUUUUUAGUUAA